AUGUCGAACGAAGCGGUCGUUCAUGCCUACAGACAUGUUCUACGACACAGCUUGAGGGCUAUUCAGUUCUCGAAGCCUGCACGAUUCACCUUGCGCGACCGACUCCGCGUAGCCUUUCGCAAAGGCACUAGCAGCGAUUUUGAUCAGCAGAAGAUCACGAACACUCUCGAGUUCCUGAAAUACGCUGCGAAACAAAAUGGUCUAGAACACAAGAUCGUAAAGAAUCUUUUGUAUACUUGGUGGUAUCAAGACAGAGGUGGUGGUCGGAGGGGGAAGACCAGGGCUCGGUGUGUCACUCGUGAAGAGCUCGAGAUCCGCACGACCGCCUACGAUACCUUCAACCACAACAUUCGCAUGUUGAACGAAAACAUGGGAAUCUGUAUCCCAUUCAUGACCUCGCGAGACCCUGGGCAAUAAGCUUUCACCGAAGCCGUCGCUGAACGCCUGUCCGCCGCAUACCCAUGCUAUAAAUGUCGCUGGAGGAAGAAAGCGACUGCAACGCACUACAUGAAGUCGUCUAGGAAGUCCUCGUCCCGGUCCUGGUUGCUUGAAUUCGCAAUGUUCUCCUCCGACAUCAUAUCGUCGUAGGCAUGGUCUCGCUGCCAUGCGAGCUCCUUGCGCUCCUUUGCGAUUCGGGCCUCCUCCUUUCGCUG